AUGUCGCCCGGCCAUUCCAGCAAGCCUUCCGAUGCCUCCGAGUCGCAGCAUGGCGCCACCGAGGCCAGCCACGGCGCGCCCGACGUCGAGAAGAGCGGCGCGCCCGAGUGGACGCCCAACGUCGUCGCCUUCUCGCAGCCCAGCGACGAUGCAGCUGCGCGCCGUCUGCAGCGCGAGAAGACGCUCGAGCGCCAGCACUCCAUUGGCGGCCUCGGCGGCCGGCCGCGCGUGGACGGCAGUGCGAGACUCGCGAUGAACUACCGGACCAUGUCGCUUGUCCUCAGCAGCGGCGGUCUCGCCGACGCCGACACGCGCCGCAAGAAGGAGCGCAAGACGCUCACCGAGCUCACGGCGAUGCAGUGGCACACGCUCUCCGUCGACGAUGUGCUCAACCGCCUCGGCGUGUCGCCGCUCAGCGGCCUCGACGCCGCGCAGGCACAGCGCCGCCAGGCCCAGUACGGCCCCAACCGCAUGUCCAAGCCGUCCGGCCGCUGGUUCCGCAAGAUCAUCGGCUGGGUGUUCGGCGGCUUCGGGUGUAUCUUGCUGGGAGCUUCGGUCAUCUGCUUCAUCGCCUGGAAGCCGCUCGGCGAGCCUGCGCCGCAGGUCUCGAACCUGGCGCUGGCCGUCGUGCUCCUCGUCGUCCUUCUCUCCAACGCCAUCUUCAACUGCUGGCAGUCCUUCACCACCUCGCGCGUCAUGGCCUCGAUCGGCUCGAUGCUGCCGUCGGACGUUCUCGUGCUGCGCGACGGCUCGCGCCAGACGGUGCCGGCGACGGAGCUGACGCGCGGCGACAUCGUCGUGCUCGGCAUGGGCCAGAAGAUGGCGGCCGACAUGCGCAUCAUCGAGAUCAGCAGCGAGCUCAAGUUCGACCGCAGCUCGCUCACCGGCGAGUCCGACGCCGUGCAGGGCUCCGUCGACCUGACCGACGAGAACUACCUCGAGAGCCGCAACAUCGUCAUGGCCGGCACGUCGUGCGUCAGUGGCAGCGGCCUCGGCGUCGUCACGUCGACAGGCGACUCGACCGUCUUUGGCCGCCUCGCCAAGAUCUCCUCGGCGCCGAAGCAAGGCCGGACGACGCUCGAGACUGAGAUCUUCCGCUUCGUAUGCAUCAUCGCCAGCCUCGCAGCGAUCGUCGCCACGAUCUGCAUCAUCGUGUGGGCUGCCUUCCUGCGCCAGAAGCACCCGGACUUCAUGAGCGUGUCGCAGAUGCUCGUCAACAUCGUGGGCAUCUGCGUCGCCUUCAUCCCCGAGGGCCUGCCGGUGUGCGUCACGCUGUCGCUCACGGCCGUGGCGAUGAAGCUGCGCAAGUCGCGCGUCCUCGCCAAGUCGCUCGGCACGGUCGAGACGCUCGGCUCUGUCAACGUGCUCUGCUCCGACAAGACGGGCACCCUGACGCAGAACAAGAUGUUCGUCCAGUCGUGCGGCCUGCACGGCUUCGAGUCGAUGCCUUCCGACGCCGCCAAGCACAUCACGCUCGGCGCGCCGCUCGGCAGCGCGUUCAGCCAGCUGGCGCACAUUGGCGCCAUCUGCAACGCCGCGAGCUUUGACGCCUCGACGCCGGCCAGCACGCCGCUGCCGCUGCGCAUCAUCCACGGCGACGCCACGGACCAGGCCUGCCUGCGCUUCGCCGAGGAGCUCGUCGGCGUCGAUGCGGCGCGCGCCGACUGGACCAGCGCCGCCGGCCUGGCGUUCAACAGCAAGAACAAGUUCGCCGUGCAGGUGCUCAGCGCCACCGGCUCGCACGACCGCGUCGUCGAGACGCUCGGCAGUGCCGACUUCAAGCAGGACAGGAACCUCCUGCUCCUCGCCAAGGGCGCGCCCGACGUGCUGCUCAAGCGCUGCUCCUCGGUCCUCGACGCUUCCGGCGACAUCCUGCCCCUGACGCCCGAGCGCCAGGCCUACCUCACGCACCUGCAGCUGAGCUGGGCGAACCAGGGCCAGCGCGUGCUGCUCUUCACGCGCCGCAUCGUCGAGCGCACCGAGGACGGCUCCUUCUCCGAGGCGCAGCUGCUCGACCUCACGACGUCGCUCACCGUCGUCGGCCUCGUGGGCAUCGUCGACCCGCCGCGUCCGGAGAUCCCGCACGUUGUCAAGACGUGCCGCGGCGCCGGCCUGCGCUUCCUGAUGGUGACCGGCGACUUCGAGGCCACCGCCGUGGCGAUCGCGCGCCAGAUCGGCAUCGUCACGGCAGGCAAGGUGCGCACCUUCGACGACCUCGCAUCGAUGGAGCCGCUGCCGGACUACGACUUUCUCGCGGACAACGACGCGCGGGAACAGCGUGCGCUCAGCCUCACGGGCUCCGACAUCAUGAAGCUGCAGCCGGGCGACUGGUCGCAGGUGUGCGCCUUCGACGAGAUCGUCUUUUCGCGCACGACGCCGGACCAGAAGCUGCGCAUCGUCAAGGAGUUCCAGGCGCGCGACUCGGUCGUCGGCAUGACGGGCGACGGUGUCAACGACGCACCGGCGCUCAAGGCGGCGCAGGUCGGCAUCGCCAUGGGCUCCGGCAGCGAGGUUGCCAUGGAGGCCGCCGACCUGGUGCUGCUCGACGACUUCUCCUCGAUUCUCGAUGCGCUCCUCCACGGCCGCCUGUGCUUCGACAACCUGCGCAAGAGCAUCAUCUACCUGCUGCCCGCCGGCUCUUUCUCCGAGCUCAUUCCCGUGCUGCUCUCGUUCUUCCUCGGCCUGCCGCAGAUCCUCUCAAACUUCCAGAUGAUCUUCAUCUGCUGCGUCACGGACAUUGCGCCGUCGCUCUCGCUGGUGCAUGAGCAGCCCGAGGCGAACCUGCUGGCGCGCAAGCCGCGCUCCGUCAAGAAGGACCGCCUCGUCGACUGGAAGACGCUGCUGCACGCCUACCUCUUCAUCGGCGUGCCGUACGCGCUCAUCGCCAGCGCCCUCGGCUUUGCGUACAUGCAGGACCACGGCGUGCCGUUCUCGGACAUCAUCGUCAAGUACGGCGCCGGCGCGGUGCAGACGCGCGACCCCGACUACUUUGCCGAGGUGCUCAACCAGGCGACGUCGGUGUACUUCUGGACGCUCAUCAGCCUGCAGUGGUGGAACGUGAUGAGCAUCCGCACGCGGCGCCUCUCGCUCGCGCAGCAGCCGCCGGCGUUCAACGAGCGCACGCAGAACCUCUGGAUCUUCCCUGCGCUCGUCUUCUCCGUCGUCGCCGGCGUCAUCGUGUCGUACCCGGCGGCGCUGCAGCGCAUCUUCCUUACGCGCGGCAUCGACGGCAUGUACAUCGGCAUCUCGAUUGCCUGCGGCCUCGGCCUCUUCCUCGUCGACGAGGUGCGCAAGCUCGCCGUGCGCACCUGGCCGCGCGCCAUCUUCCCCGCCGGCAUCGCCUGGUAA